AUGGUGAAUCGUCGACGCUUUAUUCGAGUUGCAGUGAGCGACGAUGAAGAUGAAGCAUCACGUCCACGACGAACGCGGAAAAGAUUGAGGCUUUUUGAGGAAGAGGAAGACGACGAUAAUGAUAACAAGAAUGAAGAACAACAACUGCAGAAAAAAGAAGAGGUACCAGAAUCGCCUCAGCCUGCGGAGGAUGCUACUCCUAUUGGUAAACCAAUUAGGUUUUCGGGAAAAGGAAAAGGCAAGAGAAGUCACUACGAGUCCUUCAUGUUCAAUGGCAUCGAAUAUACUCUUGAGGAUUCUGUUCUUCUCUUUCCCGAGGGAAAAGGCCAAAAGCCAUAUGCUGCAAUUAUUAAGGACAUUAAACAAGGAAGUAAUGGUAAUGUGAUAGUGACGGGACAAUGGUUUUAUCGUCCUGAAGAAGCUGAGAAAAAAGGUGGCGGGAACUGGAAAUUACACGAUACAAGGGAGUUAUUUUAUAGUUUCCAUCGUGAUGAUGUUCCUGCUGAGGCUAUCAUGCACAAGUGUGUGGUGCAUUUUGCUCCCAUACAUAAACAACUUCCAAAACGUAAGGAUCAUCCUGGGUUUAUUGUACAAAAGGUAUAUGACAGUGUGGGAAAAAAACUUUGGAGAUUGGGUGAUAAAGUUUAUGAGGAUACUAAGCAGCGAGAGAUUGAUGUGCUUAUUCAUAAGACUCUACAACGUAUUGGUGAACUACCUCGUAUUGAGUUUGUGGAAACCACUGAUGAUGCGCAUGACCAGAUGAAAAGUAAAAAAGUUUGA